AUGACUGCCGCCGAAUCCCCCAUGGCUCAGUCCACCGCCACGGCCAUGGCCAGCAAGGACCAGAUCGCGACCCGCCGACGGAGAAAGUCGAGCGUGCGAGGCCACGGGUACGGUCACGAUGCCAAUGCCCGCCAGCCCUCGCUGCAGGAGCAGCUCGACCGCCUCUCCAAGCGUAGUCGCGCCCGCGCCAUCCUCCGCCGCUGCAAGCAAAUCGCCGUCAAGCACACCUGGACCACACCCCUCGUCAUGAUCCUUGCCUGCCUCUCCCUCUACGCCGUAAACCCCACCGAGUCAAACAUCAUGCAUAACUUCAUCUUCCUCCCCUACAAGAUCCCUCAGCAAGGGCUCGACGCGGCCGCCGGUGCUAACGGCGACGCCCCCGCGCAGUACGGAAAGGGUCUCUGGGAUAUCGCCUUUGUCUGCUUCUAUGCCACCGUCCUCUCUUUCACGCGUGAUUUCAUCAUGCAGGAACUUCUUCGUCCGUUGGCCAAGUAUCUUGGAAUCCGUUCCCGUGGAAAGCAGCUGCGCUUCAUGGAGCAGGCCUACACUGCUGUCUACUUUGGUAUCCUCGGCCCCUUUGGACUCUACGUCAUGAGCCGCACCCCGGUUUGGUACUUCAACACCACCGGCAUGUACGAGACGUUUCCCCACAAAACCCACGAAGCCGUCGUCAAGUUCUACUACCUGCUUGAGGGGGCCUACUGGGCGCAGCAGGCGCUGGUCAUGCUUCUUGGCUUGGAGAAGCCGCGCAAGGAUUAUUACGAGCUCGUGGCGCAUCAUUGCGUGACACUGGCGCUCAUCGGCCUGAGCUACCGGUUUCACUUCACUUAUAUGGGUAUCGCUGUCUACCUGACCCACGAUAUCAGCGACUUUUGCAUGGCAUUGUCCAAGACCUUCAACUACAUUGACCACCCCAUCACUGGACCGUGGUACUGCCUGUCCCUGGCCUCAUGGAUCUACCUCCGCCACUUCAUCAACCUCAAGAUCCUCUGGUCCAUCCUCACCGAGUUCUCCACCGUUGGUCCCUACGAGCUCAACUGGGAGACGCAGCAGUACAAGUGCACGCUCUCACAGGUCAUCACCUUUGGCUUGCUCGGUCUACUGCAGUCGCUCAACCUCUUUUGGCUCUUCUUCCUGUUGCGCAUCGGAUACCGCUACGUUUUCCAGGGUGUCGAGCAGGACGUGAGAUCUGAGGCGGAAGACUCCGAGGCCGAACCUAUGGAGACCAUUGAGGAGGUGUCCAAGGUCGACGUCGCGCCCUUGGUCAGCGGCGAGGCUGCUCAGGCCACCCAGGCUUUUGCGAACGGCGUGGCCAAGGCGGCCGGCGGAGGCGGCAUCGCGUCACGAACUAGGAGCCGCCGUGCUGCUUAA